AAUGCAAAAAGAAUGUCGCGAUUCUGGAUCAGAAUUUUCUGAAUUGUUAUCGUAUUGUGACAGCUGUUAUCCAUCCAGAGCUCCCUCACCGACACUUGGCAGAACACGUGAAAAAGAACGUCCUCUGUAUGUGCUGACACUGCGGAACUGUAAUUUGCGUUCAACUUCUACCCUUUACGUUCGAUUUUGCUCCAGAAAACUUCCGGUAGAGAAAUUUGUGGUGUCUGUCUAGCUAAAGACUUUUUCAAAAUAGUGCGGUCUAUAAAGUACCGGAAGUCACGUGAUCCAAUACCGGAAGGACAGUUUUAUGAACCAACUCUACAAGAGCUUGAUACAUCCUGUUGCACAGAGAUCUCUGCUUGUUCAGCUUUCUCUGAAGGUGACCUGAAAGAAAUGAAAUAGUUCCUCAUCAUUAAAGUCAAAGAAGACAGAUCAAAUCAUAUUUUAACGGAAGAGCCUUCGCGAUAUUCACUAUCAAAACGGAAGUGGAGAAAUAUCUUCACACAAACCGCUCUUAAUCCUUUCGAUUCGUUGCGUUUAUAAUUUCUUCAGGAAACUGCUCACAUUCUUUCCUCGUCCCACGUGACAUUUUUCGUGACCCACCUGAUCUGUUACGGAUUUUGAAGGAAACGGACCGCAGAUAAGACAGAAAUUCAGUGUCGAAAGUCAUUCCAGUAAUCUCUUGUGGUUCUAUUAUCACGAUCGAAUUUGAGCAAUGGUGCAUUUUAGGUGUUUGCCGCAAUAACUUUUUUCUUUGGUAAAAAUGGCACCUGACUGAGAUGGACGCUGGGCUGGGAGUCCGCUGGCCACUCAGCCCUUUUGCUACCGCUAUAGCAGCGGGAGCUCUGGUUGCUGCAUUUUGUGUGGCAUUGUGGAAGCAGCAUUUCAACCUGAAGCGAAGACGGAAUUCAGCUCCUGAAUCUACGCACAAGGAUUCAAAAUUGCAAGAUGGAAAGGAUUCGGAACAAUCCCUUAGUCUCACGAAAUCGAGUAGCGAUCCUUCUCUAAAUACUCCAAAAGAAAAGAAAUCGGAAUUAGAUCUGAUAUCGAAUUUCUUACGACAAUCGAAUGUUGAAAACCUUGCUGGGAAUUCAAUUUCCAAUAUUCGUCUUCCAUAUUUUUCGAAUUUAGAGCUUCGUCCAUUGACAUUGAGCAAUGAUUUAAGAAAUUUGCCAAGAUUUACGAAAAUUUACAGUUUGCCCGAUUGCAGAAAGAGUAACCAUCCAAAAUUUGGAACAAUAUUUGGUAUAAAUUUCCACGAAUUAAUUCUCAAGGAAAAUGUUACUUUUUUCGGAAGUAUUUAUUCCCAUCUUCAGCCAUUAUCUAGGCGCAGCUGCCCGUUUAUUGGGCGCCAUUAUAUUUCUAGACCAGAAUAUUUAAAUAUUAAUUAUAAACCAAUAUAUCUUCCAUUUUCUGAAACUGUUGCCUUAUCUAGACCUCACACGGGAUGGAAUACUUUUGAAGGUCCCAUAACGCGUGCAGUAAAGAGUGUUAUAAAGGAAGAAGAUUUCAGUCCUCUGCAUAGAGACAGAGAAAAUUCAAAUUUAAGGAAAAGAAAAAAUACCACGUGUGAUUCAGGAAAUACUGUUAAUCAUGAUCAUAAUGUAUUAGAAACGAAAAUAAAAGAAAGUGAUGAGAAAUAUUCUAUUAUUGUCGAGGAAUAUGAUGUUCUAGAAAAGGAAGUAGAGCAACGUGUUUCGAGUCCUGUUUUAACACAAGAUUUUGAUUCUUUCGAUGUUGAUUGUCUUCCAUCUUCAGAGAACAGCGAAGAACAAUUAACGGUGGAAGACAACAAAGAGGUCCCAUCUGCUUUAGGUAACUGUCACGAUAUCAAGCACACCGAGCAAGAGUGUGACACCCUUCACGAGGUGGAAAAGUCAAUAAAUAGCACUCAAGCGAGCAACCAGAAGCCGAAACCGACGAAGGAGAACUUGGAAAACGUCCAAGAAGACGGAGAUAAGGGUGGAGGAGUGAUGACGACGCGAAAAAACGAGUUAUCUUUCGCUCUCGAAACCAAGCAAACGAUAUGGAUAGGAGAACCUAAUAGCGUGGAACGUCCGAUCCACGGAACAAUCGUCGGGGGUGACGAGGGGAAAAAACAACAGAUACAGAGCGGCGCUUUCUGCGUGACAAACGAUCGUGACGUCACAGGGAUAGCAGAUGGAGGGAGGGGUGAAGCACGCUCUCAAACACCAGAUGAACGAGAGGCUCGCUCGUCUGCGAGUCAAAUGGACUGCAGGUCGGGGAAGGAAUCGGCCGACGAUGCAGCCGGUGCGAGGAGGAAUACUGGUGCGCGCGUGUUCGAAUCGAGCGUCACCAGCGAGACGCGCAUUCGACCGGGCGGCGUUUCCACUGUGGUCAGCAGCGUGACCGUCGAUGAUUCCGACCGCGUAUGGUCUUCUCAAGAAAUAGAUACCAUUUUAGAUAGCAUGUCGUUAAAGACUGUGAUCACUACCGAUCAUACUUUUGUGGAUAGAGAUGAAGGGGCGUAUCGCCCCACUUUUGAGGAGUUCAUUCCAGUGCAGAGUCCCCAUGGUGAUACCACAUUAGAGGAUACUAUAAAGGAGUUGAAUGAAAUAGCGGGACGUCCCCUCGUGCUGGAAGAAUCCCCGCCACGUGUGAGUCGCUUACUAGGGCUAUUGAGUAGGGACGAAGAGCGGCGUGCCAGGGCGCAAAGGAUUGUGGAACAGGAGGGCGCAUCGAUCGACGGUGAGUGGGACCGCAUCCUCCGCAACGUCUUGGCUAGCGUCUCCGAGUUGGAGCGAUGGGAGGAGAAUGGGAAGGAAGAUGCACAGCGCCGGCGCCAUGACGUCAGCUCGCGAGAGGAUGCGGAGGACGAUCGUCAGCAUCCUCGGCAGCAGUCCCGCUCUUCCUUAACCAUGGAAGAGGAAGCCACCCUGCCGACUCCCAAAGGCGAGACGCCGACUAAAGUGAAGAACCUUCGCUUCAAGCUCGAUCCGGAUAUAUUCGACGUGCCGUCGGAUGACAGUUUUUACGACGACGACGAAAAAGAAGGGCGAUGGAAGAAACAACCCAAGUAUCGGGCUUUCUCUUCUCUGGAGUUGAACGACGAGCCCGUGCAGUUGGUGUCUGUACAUGCCAGUGUGGUCCCUGCUGGACAAAAAAUGGUCGCAAGGCCGGUUGGCAUCGACCUUCGAGUACGAUUGACUGAAGAGAGACAGAGCAAAAGAGCUCACGUCGGAACAUCACCGUCACAAGCAAAGAGACGUUCGCCUGUCUCCGAAAAUAGAAUAGGAUGGUGCCAAGAACUGUCACCGGUCACCGAAAACGUAGACUGGCGAGAAAAUUUCCAAUCUGUAUCCAAAGAAAAUAACAUAAACAACAAUAAUGUCACCGAAAAUAAACCUGUGCCUAAUGGAAUACUUAAAACACCUUCGCCGAAAACGGAAACCGUAACUAAAGACUCUGCCAAUCCUUUUAAGGAAGAGGUUAAAUUGACCAACGGAAAGUUGACCAAUGGCGUGACAACUAAUGAAAAGCCUAAACCAGUGCCUAAUGGGGUUCAUCAUUGGAAUGCCCCACCGAAAAGAUUAUCAUUGCCUCGCAAGAAAUUUGAGCCCGAUCCUGAAGCAAUUGAACGCAUCACUGGAUAUAAAACAGCCCUUUCAAAACCUCCACUACCCCCUCCUGUUUUCCCAAAAAUGACUUCCCCCAUUACGAAAAAUAGAGCAGAAAUGGCUCGCAAGCAAUACUUAGACAGUAAAGCCGCCCUUUCUCAACAAAAAGCUGAUGGGGCUAAGAAAUUCCAGCAGUUUUUGACACAGGCACAGAAUGAUCGUGCCAGAAUAGUGACAAGUGUUCCUGAUCUUGGAGCCAUCGAAAAGGCAGUUAGUGAAAAAUGGGCCAAAGAGAGGGCAUCUGCCUCCCAGAGGCAGAUUCCAGCUAAAGAAGAGUUAUCAAAACCUGCUGAAACACCUUCCUCGAGAGGUAGUACCCCUGAUGAUGCGUGGGCGAGCUAUGUCCAGUCAUGUCGGAAACAUCUAGGCAGACGUAGUCAGAGUCUAAGUUACUUAGAGACUGAUAUAGAUAUACCCGUCGUGGAAGAUGAUGAUAAAUGGAGAAGUACGAGUGCCUUGGACGAACCAGAUAGUGAUGACCAACCACUUCCAGUUGGUGACUCUGACUUUGAGCAGAGUCGAGAAGACUUGGAUGAUUCUGGUCGUGCAAAGUCGGAGCAUGAAUUACGCAUACAAAGAUCUUUGCAAAGUUUGCCUUUACCGGAUUGGUAUAAACGUUCCGACAAGACAAAAACUGGAUUCUUACUUAAAUCCGGUGAAAAAGAAAAGCGUGGUUGGGCUGCAGCUAAAUCUUUAGCUUCUUCCACGUCUAGCUUGGCCUCUUGCGGCCUUAAAAGACCUGUUCACUCACUUAGGUCUUCACGCGAGAACAUUCCUUGGUCCAGAGGUUCCUCUUCUCCCGAUGGUCCUACUUUAUCGCUUGCCCUUGCAAGAGCUUUCCGCGAACCUUACCUUGGUUGGAGAGCUCGAACUUCAACCAGCAGUGGUGUUUCCAGCUCUCCUAGGACUUCUCCACCUUCUUGGUGUGCCGCUACAACGGACUCCGAAGCUAACGGUGUGUCUUUUGAUGGUGAAGAUGCCUUUGGACCAACUUCCUCUGAAGAUGGUAAACAUGAAGAACCUCCAUCUCUUGAUGACACUGGCGCAGAUGCUGCCACUGUUUCCAUGGAUACUGGAGAACUUAUUAAACUACCUGGUGGAGAGGAUACUUGCGAUGACAUUAACAAUAUGUCCAUGGAGACUUGUGAAAUGUUCGAUGCCAGCAUUGUACCAGAUGUUGAUGAACCCUCUCCGCAGGCGGACACGGGGGACGACAUAGAUAAUUUAUCCACCGACACAACAGAAGACAAGAAGAAAGAUCCUAAAUUUAAGCGAUAUUCCUAUAGUCAGAGUAUCUAUCACAGUGAAUGGGAUGAUGAGGAGUCCAGAGGAGAAAGGAAAAUUCCUAAGGAGGACCGCGAGCCGAGUCCAUCUUCUGACCAGAAGGUCAUUUGGAUAGAAUCGUCUUUUGUGGGAUCCAGAACUACAACAUCCAUUAUGGUUUUGCCGGAAGAGAAGGAAAAGUUGGAGAGACCGGCUUCAAGGUAGCAAGAAGCCUGCAAGGGAGCACCCGGAACCAGUUACACCCUCGUCUCACGAUCUUCUAACGCCAACCAUGCAAUGGCCCAGCCCUGCCCUGAUGCGGAAGAUGACCGGGGGAUAGCCAUCAGGGCGUGGACGUCUCAUCCCGGACGCAGUCCCCCUCCUACGAAACAGUACCGACGUAUUUUCAACAUGCCAGCUCCUAAUCUCACACAUGCACACGUGUGCAGCAAUCACGCACACUCAGUUCUUUCUUUACCCCCGAAUUCGAAAAAUAUUAUUUUUUAAGUUAAACGACAUUUUUUUUUCUUGCUUAUGCUUUUCACGCACUUACGGAUUGUGGAAAUGGUUUAUUCACGAAAUAAGCUACUUACUGCAAAUGGAACGGUUAUGCAAGUUCAGCAGAAUUUUCCACCAGUUCUAAAUCUUUUUUCCUAUCUGGAAUCAAAAAACGUGAGGACUUUUUGGAUCGCAACUGGUAUUAUAAUUCAAAAUGUAGAGUUCAUCAGCAAAUUCUUUUAUAAAUCUUUUAUAUAUAUAUAUAUUAUUUUAAUAGUUGUCGUGGGGUAAUAGUAAUCGCAUGGGUCGAUCUUGUGCAGAUGUGAUAUUUUGGAGCGCAUGGUUUUCUUGGCUAAACAUGGUGGUUUCUGGAAUUUUUCUCUCCUGAGUGUGCAAACCAGAAAGAGGAAAAACCGAACUAUAUGCUUCACGAUCUUUAUUACCCGCAAUUUCAUAAAUCAUGAUUCAUUUUUCAUUAUAUGCAUCUACGAUCAUUUGGUUUCAUAUUUAAGCUGUAACAAUCUUCCUCGUAUUACAUUCAUACGCUUCACGCAAAUGAAUUCACAAAUCACAUGUGCAAUCACGUUCCCAUGAGCCUCAGACUGAAGUGAGCUAUAAGCCUUAAAUAAAGCAUUACACAUAGUGAAACAAAUCUCUCAAAUGUCGGAAUAUGUACUUGCUUGUUGUAUAGCCUAUAAAAGCAGAAAUAUUUUUUCAUUCUUUCUCUUGCAUUUGUAACAACUGCCGCUGAAACUUUUAUUGUUCGAAGACCAUCAUGUUAAGCCUAACUGAAGGGGAAUCCUACUGAUUUGCCGUGACCGAAUCCUUCAUCUCAAAAAGCCUUACGCUAUCAAGUUGGAGAAAUUGAGAUAUGUCGAUGGAAUCUUGUCUCUGUUACUGUGUUGAAGAAAAGGAAGAAAUAAAAUGUCAGCAAACUAAAUAAAAAGAAUGUUGUCAUUGUGUGCUAAACCAGCGGCCGGAUGUCCGCUUGCUUGUGUGUGAUUCUUCUUUCUACGAUCAUUUCCUCAAUAAAUAGUAUAAACUAUCA